AUGGGCUUUUCACGGGGCACCCAAAGACAAAGUGCUUCGAACAAUGGCUCAUUUGGGGUCCAACUAGGGAACUAUAUACCGGCGGGCCUGUAUUACGUCAAUGCUUCCAUCGGCACCCCAGCGCAAGUUGUCCAGUUGCAGUUAGAUACUGGUAGCAGUGAUGUCUGGGCUUUUGGGGUGCAUUCCUGUGACCUCAGGACUUCUUACUGUCUGGGCGGUGCAUAUAAUCCAAAUCAGUCAAGCACUGCGACUGUAAUAGCCGAAGGAGCCUUCCAGAUAUCUUAUGUUACCCAAGGUUCAGGAGUGGAAGGUAACUGGGUUAAGGAUGACUUUUCUGUUGGUAACAUAACAAUUAAAGGCCUUGAUCUGGGAGUAGCAACCCAUGCGGAAAGUGAAAAUACGGGCAUCAUGGGCAUUGGGUUUCGAUCGCAUGAAUCAAACAAUACACUAUACCCCAACUUCGUGGACCAAAUGGUGGCACAGGGUUUUACGAAGAGUCGUUCAUACAGCCUGUGGCUCGAUGAUCUCUAUAUGAGCACCGGGAGUGUGCUUUUUGGUGGAUACGACUCUGACAAAUUCCACAAUGAACUAGUAGCAUUGCCAAUGGAGCCGAACGCGACUGGGGUUUUCACUGAUUUCGCCGUGACAUGGACCUCCUUCUCAUUCACGAAUGCCAGCGGCACAGAAACCAGUCUUUCCGGCCAGGACUUCAAGGAAUAUACCAUUCUAGACUCAGGCUCUACCGGGGUUCUGAUUCCGGAUCAGAUAUAUCAGCAGAUAGCCCAGGCAUUCCGUGUUCUGGAUAAUGGGCGUGUCGACUGUGCGCUGAAGUCCGCGAAUGGGACAUUCAACUUCGGCUUCGGGGGUCCUACCGGGGUGGUUAUCGCUGUUCCUAUAUAUGAGUUCAUUAUACCUGGGAUUUUCCCCAAUGGGACACGGAUGACAGAUUCGAGAGGCAUAGAUGUUUGUUGGUUUGGCAUGGAAGCACAAAAGGACAGGCCGCUGCUGCUUGGCGACACCAUGCUACGCUCGGCAUAUGUUGUCUACAAUCUAGAUGACAAGUGGAUUGCCAUGGCGCCUACUAAUUUCAACAGCACAACCUCCAACAUCACGGAAAUCAAGCCCAGCAGUAGCCUGCCUGCUGGCUGGAAGUCUGCACCUAAUAUUACCGUGAGCCAGACUGCCACUGGAUCGAUUUCGACGGGAGCGUCCACCCCAGUCAGCGUAAGCGGAACCCUAAGUUCGGGGGUAACAACCGUUGCCACUGCAUCACUCACCGGGGCGACCGGCUUUACGACGGCUAUGUGA